UUUGCUGCUCGGGGACUUUGUUUGCGGUUGGUUUCACCGCAGCGCUCCUGGAGAAGCGCUGGACCACGCAGACCAAAGCUGCUUUUGUCACGUGAGUUGAAGGGUGCCACAAACAACGAAGCUGCAGUAAUAUUGUGUUUAUGGGGAUUAAUAGCAGUAUUGUAUUUAUGGGGAUUAAUAGCAGUAUUGUGUUGGGGGAGGGGGGAGAUAUUCGGGCUGAGUAUCGUCGCGUCCUUCUCGCAUUUUCCACCGUCACGUUCGUUUGACGUCAUCUUCGAGGGCUCCAGUAAUUGGUGCACGCGCGCAUUUAAUUUCGUCCUUCUGCAAAGUUGAGAAAAUGUCUUGUGAGUGGAAAAGUAGUAGCAGCCUUGCAAGUGUGUAAGGCUUUGGUACUGUAAGAACGGGGACACAUGCGUCAUUGAAAAUCUCUCUCACACACACACACACACACACACACUGUGUGUGCUAACAUGCUGAUUUUCAUGCUGUCUGUCCAGUGUCAUUUUGUGUUAUCUUUGUACGUGAUCGGAGCUUAUCGUUAAUAGCUCUUCUGUUCCGAUAUAGCCUAUCCUAAUAUCCUAUUUAAAAAUGAAUAUCCCCUGCGUGUUUGUUGACAUAAUUUAGCGAUAUCUUGCUUGUCUUUUUAUGAGACUUUUACUUUGCCUACAACUGGAAAAAGGCGCAAACGUUUAAUUUACUUUUAUGAAAAGUAAAAUUUUGAUCGUUUCAAAGCUACUAUGUGCCCAGCAUAAACUAUGUUCAGAAACCUGUGUUGCUGAGUAGGCUAAAUACUGACGACUGUUACUCAGCGUGUUGUUGUCUGAUUGGUUCACCAAAGUGAGCGUGUGGGCGGGGUUAUGGGUUCUGUAGUUUUACAUAUGUGUGUAAUGAAUAACUUUUAUGGAACAUACGUUAAAUAAAAACUACGGCCUGUGAUGCGGAACCACAUUUGACAGAGAUUUGUUUGGAGACGUGUGUCAUUUGCGCGCGGUGCUUGUUUUAAGUGGCAGGUCGUCGCCAGCGCCGCCUCAUUGCAUGCAAACUUUCUGGCAGACUGUAUUUGUUUGUCUGCAAGGUGGCUACAUCCUGUCCUUUUCGGAGAUGACGGCUGUUAACACUUGGGGAAAGUACAUAGCUUAUUUGAAUUAGGACAGCAAAAAAGUAUUUUAAUAGUAGCGGAAUGCCUGAAGCCAAAUCCAGCCUAUGGAGGACAUCCUUUCUUGCUUUAAGCAUUUUUGGACUUUUGAAGUCAUGCCAGAUUACAAAAAGUUUAACAGGUGUGUUGGAUGACUGCUUCUGUGACAUUGAGAGCAUUGAUGUCUUUAACAACUUGAAAAUUUUCCCGCUCAUACGGAAGCUUAUUGAAAAAGAUUUUUUUAGAUACUACCGGGUGAACCUGAAGAGGCCCUGCCCCUUUUGGCCAGAUGAUAGCCACUGCUCCAUCAGGGACUGCCACGUGGAACCCUGCCCAGAGAGCAAGAUUCCAGUGGGGAUUAAAUCUGGCAACUAUAACAAGUAUUCCCUGGCUGCAAAUGCUAUCAGAGACAUUAAGGAAUGUGAACAGGCCCAUGAACUGGGCGCCAUUAACAGCACACUCAGCAAUCAGAGUAAAGAGGCGUUUGAGGACUGGGCUCACCAUGACGAUGCUCAGGAUCAUUUCUGUGGACUAGACGACGAGACAUCUCCUGAGGCCGAGUACGUGGACCUGCGGCUGAAUCCUGAGCGCUACACUGGCUACAAAGGACCCUCAGCAUGGCGGGUGUGGAACAGCAUCUACGAGGAGAACUGUUUCAAGCCAAGAUCAGUGUAUCGGCCUCUCAACCCCUUGGCCCCAAGUCGUGGUGACGAUGAUGGUGAAGGCUUUUACGACUGGCUGGAAGGCUUGUGUCUGGAGAAGAGGGUGUUCUACAGGCUCAUCUCCGGCCUUCACAGCAGCAUCAAUAUCCACCUGUGUGCCAAGCACCUCCUGGAUGAGGCCUGGGGCAAGGCGGUGUGGGGUGCCAACGUGCACGAGUUCCGCCGGCGCUUCGGCUCGGCCGAGACCAAGGGUGAGGGCACCCGGCGGCUGAAGAACCUGUACUUCCUGUACCUGAUCGAGCUGCGUGCCCUCUCCAAGGUGGCGCCAUACUUCGAACGUGCCUUCGUCAAUCUGUACACGGGCAAUGUGCACGAGGACUCUGCCACCAAGGAACUACUGCUGCAGAUCCUCACCGAGACCAAAGCUUUCCCCAUGCACUUUGAUGAGAGCUCUAUGUUUGCAGGCCACAAAAUGGAAGCCAGAAGGUUAAAGGAGGAGUUCAGGCUCCAUUUCAAAAACAUCUCCCGCAUAAUGGACUGUGUGGGUUGUGAUAAAUGUCGACUUUGGGGAAAGUUACAGACCCAAGGUUUGGGCACUGCCCUCAGAAUCCUCUUCUCUGAGAAAGAGAUCAAGAACCUUCCAGAAAACAGUCCCUCCAAAGGCUUUCAGCUCACACGCCAGGAGAUUGUAGCUUUGCUCAAUGCUUUUGGAAGACUAUCCACCAGUAUAAAAGAGCUGCAUAACUUUCGGACCCUUCUCAAGGACCAGAGGUAACACACAUCUAGGCCAGCAGGUGGUGCCAGCCAAGAGAACACUGCAGUAGCUUUAUCUCCCUUGGAGUAAAUUCUCUACCAGGGACUACAGGAUUGCUAUCCGUCCAACCGAAUCCCCCUCAGCUGAGCUCGCCAUAUCCCUCUGCUCUGCUCUACUGUCUGAAUAGCUGAAGACCACUGCGAACCAUAGCACAUGCUAGCUGUAAUAUGAACCAGGGCCAGGACUGAGCAUUCAUGAGUACACACAUGUUCCAUCUUUGGGAUCAACGCUGGUUUCAUGGUCUGCUGUUCUUUUGGCUCCUUUCUGUGUUUUUCCGCUUGCUAAUCCCUGCAACAAGGAUCACCCUUCAACACUGAAAGUUUGCUUUUUUGGUCAGUAUUUUUAAAAAUCAGUUGUUUUGUUGUGUACAUGCUGUGUGCGAGUGAGUGUGGGAGUAUGUAAAUGUGACAUUUUGUUAAUUACAUACUGUCAUGCUUAAAUACUUCUGUUGAACAAGGUCAUAUGAUAUCAGAUAUAUCGGAUUUAUACUGAGCUAUCAGAAUACUCAGUUCACAUUUUGACUAUAAGUGAAUGCUUGCAUGUUUGUCUGUGUAUGUCUCAGAACAGAUCCUAUAACCAUAACAGCAAAAGUAACUCGGAUGGGCCAUUUGUAUAAUGAAUAUCUUGCCAUAUUUGACCCCUUAUUAGGCAGCAAGUCGGAAUUAAUAAUGAAUGUUUGUUUUUAAUUCUACCAUAUGGGACCAUGUAAUUAUAUUAUUGAUACUAGUAUUAUGUAUAAUGGAUACAUUUCUAAAGUUAUAAAUUUCCUAAAGCGGAAAAUGUAGCAUUGUGAUGUUACAAACCUGAGCAACUCAUAACAAGCAAUGGGUUUAUUACUCCUUUUUUUUAACAUUUAUUUUUUUACUUUACUACCCAUGACUACAGCCAUGUAUAGAGAGAGUUUAUUGAUGAACCUGGACUCAGACCAGAAUCUGUGUAUGACUGACAUUUUAGAAGCUUCCCCAAAUAAGGCAGAUCUGCUUGAUAUGCACAUCACGAGGGCUGGUGAAGUUCAGAGUGUCCUGGCCUUCAGUCACUGUAGUGCAUGCUGGGUUUCCACCAGGUUAGCUGCUCCUUCUCAAAGACUUGUUUCUUGGAACCUUACAAGACGUUGGCAGAUCUUCCCUCUUUCGAACAUCUUGCGUAGGACCUAAGGUGCUUUUCUGUUUUUAUUUUUAACGUUAAAGGAACUACUUGUAUGAAGGGGUAUGUGUUUGGGAGAGUGAUUUCUGUGUGCUUUGAGAAUCUCGUCAACCUGCUGUAAUGGAAAAGUUUGGUAAAUGCAGUUCUCCCUUAUAAUGCGACUGGACCAAAGACUGCUUUUUCUUUUGCCCCUUGUUCAUUUUCUGUCGGUGUCAUGUCACUUUUAGUGUAGAAGUUAAUUCGAUAUUAUGUUUUGGCAUUUUUUGCCUCUACCCUGCAAUAAUGUCCUGGCAAGAUGCACUCACACAAACUGUGGUCCAUUCAGGGACAAAAGCAUACUAACUAAUAAUGAAGGUAGUAAUGAUUGGUUGUGUGUGGCAAUGAACAAAACGUCCUUUUUAAGAACCCCAGAGUGUUCUGCUUGUCUGCCUUAACGGCCCCGAGUGUGUUGCUUUCUAGCGCUCACUCCACCUUGUCUCACCUUAGCAGACUAAAAUGUCUUUCUCCAAUGCCAUUUUCUUCUCUGGAUUUCUGAAAUGAGCAGAACUGUCGGUGGUAAUACAAGCACUGAUAAAUGAUAUUUAAGCAGAAGUACUUAAGUCAAUUCAGAGCAAGAAUAUUUGGAUAGAAAUAAAAGUACUUGAAGUGUCAUAGUACAAACCAACAUAAACGCACUACUGUGCUGUAGGUCCCUUGAAAAUAUUGUGAUUUCUUUUUAUGUGCUGAUUAGGACACGCCGUGUAAUCUAACCAAGAAGAGUACAAAUUGCAAAACAGAUCGUAGACGUGAGGUUGUGUAAGAUGACCUGUAUUCAGUUACUAAUGUAUGUGAGGCAGUAGAGGUGCUUAAUGAAACGCAGAUUCAGUUUCAGUUAGAAGGUGGUGGGGAAGCAAAUCAUUCAGUUCACCAUUAAACUAAAAUCAGGUCAGUUUGCUAGUGUUUCUAAAUAUGUUAAUCCUCCCAGUCACUUUCCAUCAUAGGCCUAUCCAGGACUGUUUCCUAAAUGUAUUUUCUUCUACAAAGACUUUCACUUGUGGAGUCUUUAGGUUAAUGGAGCAAAAGGUGAACAUUUUCAGUCAAAAUAUUUUGGAAAAGAAAUGCUAUGAGUAAGAUAUUAAACAUGGUGUGUGGAAUGUUGUUUAAUAUUGAUGGAUGCAGCUCCAAACCUUUCCUACAAAUUUCCUUUGUACAGCGGCAAGGACAACAAUAAAGCUUGAUAUCCAGUAUCCACCUUGGUUACCUGUUGAGUGAUGUGAUGCUUUUGAAAAAUUCAGUCCUAAUUUUUCAUAAUUUGUAAAAGGACAACUUUUCAGACCUGUAUCUAGUCAAUUUACAACAGUUGCUCCUAUGUUGUUGUGUAUACUUGUUAAGUCUAUUUAUUUGAACAGAUGAAUAAAUCUGUCAUCAAG